UUUUUGGUUUUAGGGUUUUGUUCACGAAAGAUCUCCCAGUUCUUUCUCUCAGUCUAACGGUGGUGGUGGUGAUAAGAAAGAGAGAGAGAGAGAGAGAGAGAGAGAGAGAGAGAGAGAGAGAGAGUGAUUAUCGUCUCAAUCUAGGGUUUUCAUAUUUAACAGGCAUCAGGUUUAAACGAUUUCUACUGCAAGGAAAUGGCGACCAUUGUCAUAACUUCCGAAGAAGAUCCAUCACUCACUGUUGUUCGUUUCCAAUCCGAACUUUCUUGGGCUGAUGCUGGUCCUGAGGUUCUGGCGGAAGAAGUUUCUGUACUAUGCAGAGAGGCAGAAACAUGCAUAGCGAACGGUCAAAAUUUGGAUUUGGUUUCUCUUAUGCUCACACCAGCAGACUUGAUAUUUCCAAAACUUUCUGAAAAGGAUCUUGAGUGCAUUUUCACUGUAAUUUGCAACCUUGUCACAAAAGCUACAAGUUUGAAUGAAGAAUUAGAGAUGGCGGAACGUAUUUCUGUUAAAAUUUGUCAACAACCAAAUGACAAGCCUGCUCUCCGCCUGAAGAUCUUGUUCAAUCUGUACAAUCUUCUGGAGAACCCGUACAGUAAAUUCUAUGUUUACAUGAAAGCCCUUGAUUUGGCGGUCAGUGGCAAAGUUACGGAAAACAUCGUACCUUCUUUCAAAAAGAUGGACAGCUUCCUGAAAGAGUGGAAUAUCGGAACAGUGGAUCAAAGAAAACUCUUUCUUACAAUCUCCAAUGUGUUAAAGGAAAAUAAAAGCAUGUCAAAGGACUCAUUCAAUUUUCUUACCAAGUACUUGGCAACUUUUUCGAGUGACGAUGCAAAUAUCAUGAGUGAAGCUAAAGGAGAAGCCGUCCGUGCUGUUAUGGAGUUUGUGAAGGCUCCUGACAUGUUUCAGUGGGAUUUGUUAGAUAUGCCGGCUGUAGCACAGUUGGAACAAGAUGGAAACUAUGCAUGGGUUUAUCAGCUUUUGAAGAUUUUUCUUACUCAGAGGCUGAAAGCAUACACAGAUUUUCAAGCAGAAAAUGAUACUGCAAUGACUGAAUGUGGGCUUGUCUUUGAAGAUUGCAUGACGAAAAUGAGGUUGCUGUCAUUGGCUGAUCUUGGUUCAAAUGAGUCCGGUGAAAUUCCAUAUGCUAUGGUCGCGAACACACUUAUGAUUCAAGAUGAUGAGGUGGAAGAAUGGAUAGUUAAGGCAAUAGCUGCAAAACUACUUGACUGUAAGAUGGACCAGUUGAAUCAAACUGUAAUUGUAAGUCGUUGUUCAGACCGUCUGUUCGGGCCAAACCAGUGGGUAGCCCUUCGAUCAAAGUUAUCCAUGUGGAGGGGUAAUAUUGCAAAUGUUAUAACCACCAUCCAAGCUAACAAGUUAGUCGAAGACGCCUCUCAAGUAACAGCGCAAGGGGUGGCAUGAUAACCCACAACUGGUUUCAACCUUCUCUUCAAUUUUGUUUCAGAACUCGUUUGCACCAAUUUUUAAGGCUAGGUUGUUGACAUACUAAAGAAUAUUAAAGUAUAUUUCCUUUCAUGCGAUUGCCACAUUUGUGUAAGAAAUAGCAUAAUUACAGAGUUCCCUUUAAUCACAUUUCAGUUUUUUCACUCUUCC